AUGGGAAGUGGAAUUAGUUCAGAGAGCAAGGAGUCAGCCAAAAGGUCAAAAGAACUGGAGAAGAAGCUUCAGGAAGAUGCUGAACGAGAGGCAAGAACUGUUAAGCUGCUGCUGCUAGGAGCAGGCGAAUCUGGGAAAAGUACUAUUGUUAAACAAAUGAAGAUCAUCCAUAAGAAUGGUUACAGUAAACAAGAAUGCAUGGAGUUUAAAGCAGUGGUUUACAGUAACACCUUGCAGUCCAUCCUAGCCAUUGUGAAAGCUAUGACUACCCUUGGGAUUGAUUAUGUCAAUCCCAGAAGUCCAGAAGACCAACAACAACUUCAGUCAAUGGCAAACACACUAGAAGACGGUGACAUGACACGUGAGCUGGCUGAAAUAAUUAAACGGCUGUGGGGAGAUCCAGGAAUCCAAGCCUGCUUUGAAAGGGCAUCCGAAUACCAGCUCAAUGACUCGGCAGCUUACUACCUUAAUGACUUAGAUAGAAUCACGGCCCCUGGGUACGUGCCAAAUGAGCAAGAUGUUCUACAUUCCCGGGUGAAGACGACUGGUAUCAUUGAAACUCAGUUCUCCUUUAAAGACUUGAACUUCAGGAUGUUCGAUGUAGGUGGCCAGAGAUCAGAGAGAAAGAAAUGGAUCCACUGCUUUGAAGGAGUGACGUGCAUUAUAUUCUGUGCCGCGCUUAGUGCCUACGACAUGGUGCUAGUAGAAGAUGAAGAGGUGAACAGGAUGCACGAAAGCCUUCACCUGUUCAACAGCAUCUGCAAUCACAAGUAUUUUGCAACCACUUCCAUCGUUCUGUUCCUUAACAAGAAAGAUCUCUUCCAAGAGAAGGUGACCAGAGUGCACCUCAGCAUCUGCUUUCCAGAAUACACUGAUCAUAGCAGCCACCGGAAGUGCAGUCCUCAGUGCCACACUGGAGCCCAGUGGCUCGUCAGUAUCUACAAUGUGGUCAUUGAACAGCAGGAAUAA